UCCACUCCUCGCCCCACUCAUUGCCUUAACGAAUAAACUGUUAAUUUCGACCUUUGUACCUAUGAUGAACGAUUGUUUGAAAAUACCACGUGUGAAUAGGCUAAGUUGUUUUGAACGCUUCAUACAGAUAAAUUGUGUCGAGUGUGAAAUAAAAAUGGUUAAAGCUCAACUAUAUAUUUACGCAAAGUCAUUCAAUGGGUUCCCGCAGCCUGAAGAUUUAGUACUGGUGGAGGAAGAACUACCCGCACUCAAAGAUGGAGAAUAUUUGGCUGAGGCAGUUUACUUGAGCGUAGAUCCAUACAUGCGAGGAUAUGCUGGAGCAUUAAAAAUAGGGGUACCUUUUAUUGGAGGACAAGUCGCAUUAAUCCGGGAAAGCAAAAAUCCCAAAUUCCCUGUUGGAAAAUACUGUACAGGUUCAUUUGGUUGGCGUACCCACACUAUAGCCAAUGGAGUUCCACAACAAUCUGACAGACUAAAAAUGGAUCAAUAUGUUUUGCCUGAUUUUAAAGGACUACCUCCUUCCUUAGGUUUAGGUGUACUUGGCAUGCCUGGAAACACAGCCUAUUUUGGAUUUCUCGACAUCUGCAAACCAAAACCGGAAGAAACUGUAGUGAUUACUGGUGCUGCAGGUGCCGUAGGUAGUCAUGUUGGACAAAUUGCUAAACUUAAAGGCUGCAAAGUAAUAGGUAUAGCAGGCUCUGAUGAUAAAGGCAAAUGGUUGACAAAUGAAUUAAAUUUUGAUCAUUUCAUAAAUUAUAAAACUCAAAAUGUUAAAAAAGCUUUGAGGGAAAUUGCACCAAAAGGAGUUGACUGUUACUUUGAUAACGUUGGUGGAGAAAUAAGUACCACGAUUAUAAACCAGAUGAAUCUUUUUGGUAGGAUUUCAGUGUGUGGGGCUAUUUCAGGUUAUAAUGAGACUCGCCCAACUGCUGGUGUAGUCCAAGGCAGUAUGGCCUUAAAACAAUUGAAAAUGGAAGGUUUUAUCGUAACUAGAUGGCAGGAUAGAUGGUUCGAAGGUAUAGACCAAAACCUCAAGUGGAUCCAAGAGGGAAAAAUAAAAUAUAGAGAAACUGUUACUGAUGGAUUUGAAAAUAUGUUUCAGGCGUUUACUGAUAUGCUUAAAGGUGUUAAUUAUGGAAAGGCCAUCGUGAGAGUGAAAACAUUGGUUAAAUAAUAUUUGUUGCGGGCCAAGAUUUCUUGUACGAUAUGUUUUUUACAUUUCCAAUAAAAACUUACUUCCAAAUCUUCAUAGCUUUUGAAGUAAUCAUUAUUAAUAGCAUCUACUUCCAUGUUUUUCUUUUCAAUUGCUUAGCUUAAAGGCUCAGAAAACUUGUACAAUUUGUUUAUAAAAUUGUUGCAAAAAAACUAAACAUUUACAACUUUGGUUCGGGUUGGAACUUAGGACAGAAUGAAUACACUUUUCCACUCUCCACGUGGGAUUUUCGAUGUUCGUUCGUAAUGUUUACGACGGUAUCUGUGGAGUAGAUCUUUAUAGCAUUUGUUGCUCCCUUAAGAUUUGUGGAGCAUUUGUGAAUGUUGAAUGUUGAACUUUUGUUGAUCGGUUCAGUUGGAUUGCUGG